CGAGUCUAUGUGAGGGCCUCUUGUGACAGCAGUUUGUUACAGUGGGUGCCAGCAGAUCAAAGCGGUUGCGCAGGAGAUUGGCGGGCACUUCCAUUGCUGUUCAAACCAGCUAGUGCUGGCGGCGCUUUCUAGAGAAGGACGUUUGUCUCUUUGGCAGAGUAAAGGGCAAGAAAAGAAGGUCACGAUUGGUCAGUCAACUGUCAAAACACAGGGUCUUUGGCAGGAGGAUGGCGAGCUGAGCACCCUGCAAAGAAUAGCACGAAGAAUAGGGCAUCCAGAUAGUUCCUUUAGAGAUUUUUAUCGUGAAGCUUGCUCUGAUCUAGAUUCAAAAGCAGUGACAGAAUCAGCAGGCAAGAAGGAGCUGUCCUAGCUGAUCUGCAAGUUGUAGCUCUAUGCAAAGGCCUAGAGGUAAUCCAGACCAAUUGAGGAGACAUCAGAAGGAGGGGGCAGCUUGCAAAGGGUAGCACCUUUUGCAGGCAGAGCCCAUACCUGCGCUAUUCAUCUGGAGGAUCAGCUCUUAGACAACUGGUCUUCGGGUAGACAGAAGGCUCCUCUGACAUGGCUUUUGCAUUAGCGAAGGUAGCAAGUCCACCAAAUCUUGGCAGAUCUUCCAUCUCAUCACCACCUAGGGCUCUUCUCAGCUCCAGGCCAGCAGUUCUGAGUUGCAGCAGGCUGACUUUCAAGUUGAGCUCACAUGGGCGAACUUUGCAAUCGGCCCAACGCUUCAGGCUCAAUAGAACUUAUUUAAAGUCUUCUCAGAACACACGGUUCUCAAAUGAAGUCACACGAAUCACUGCAAGUCCGCAGCAACUUCCAAAGCUUAAAGUGCAAUGUAAGAAGACUGACCAUCAUAACCAGCAGCAAUCUGACGCCAACAGCUGGCAGGAGUGUCUGACAGCUGUCAGGCAAGUUGUGGGAAAGGCUGUUGUUGGAUCUGCUGCUGCUUUGGCCCUAACUCUGGUGCCAAUGGGUCAGGCAGAUGCAGUGACGCCAAGAGCUGAAAUACUGGAGGGCAAGACUUCCCCGGCUUCCGACAUUCAAAUGACUGUGGUGGAGGCCUGGAGCAUUGCCAAGAACCUAUUUGUGGAUCCAGAGUUGAACCACGCAGAUUGGGAUAGUCUGCUUCGGAAGACAAUGGCUCACGUUGGGACUGCAGCAACAACCGAUAGUGCCUAUGCGGGCAUCAAAGCCAUGCUAGGAAACCUGGGUGACCCUUUCACUCGCUUUGCGACUCCAAAGGAGUACGAGUCGUUCCGUAUCAGCAACGACGGUUCGCUGGAGGGAGUGGGGCUCAUGAUUGCCUCGGAUCCAUCAACUGGCAGCGUGGUCGUGCUGUCCCCAGUCGAGGGUGGCCCCGCGGCGCGUGCGGGCAUCCGCAAGGGCGACCAGCUGGUGAAGGUGGAUGGGCUGGCCCUCUCUGGGGUGAAGGGGGAGGAGGUCGCCCAGAAGCUGCGGGGCAAGGCUGGGACUACUGUGCGGAUCACGAUCAGGAGGCAGGGGGGAGAAACGGAACAGGACAUUGAGACGCAGCUGCUCCGCGAGACGAUUGUCUUCUCGCCCGUGUUUGCAACGAUGCUUCCCCCCCAUCUGCAACGGGACGGCCAGCUGGUUCACCCCGCCUACAUCAAGCUCUCGUCCUUCAGCCAAAAUGCCUCUGCAGACAUGCACCAAGCCAUCGACAAAAUGGAGGAGCAAGGCGCCGACGAGUACAUCCUGGACUUGCGCGACAACCCGGGGGGCCUCGUCCGCGCGGGGCUCGACGUGGCCGACAUGUGGCUGGACGGGAGCCUCAUCCCGCGUACGAUCGUGCACACCAUCAACCGGGCCGGCGAGACGUCGCCCAUCGAAACCGCGGCCGCGCGGCCGCUCACCAAAGACCCCCUGGUCGUCCUGGUCAACAACAACAGCGCGAGCGCGAGCGAGAUCCUGGCGGGGGCGCUGAAGGACAACGCGCGCGCGGCUCUGGUGGGCCAGCAGACGUUUGGCAAGGGCAGGAUCCAGAGCGUGUUUGAGCUCGAGGACGGGUCCGCCAUGUUCGUCACCGUUGCCAAGUACCUCUCCCCCGCGUACCACGCCAUUGACAAGAUCGGCAUCGCUCCUGACGUCAUGUGCGUGCCGAAGAUGGGCGAUGAAGCGGUCUCCGACCCGCUGACCGCCGAAGAUCCCGUGCGCGCCAUCGAGCAAGAUUCGUGCGUCAAGGCGGCUGAACGACACCUGGACGGGUUCUAAGCCGCACAGGAGUCGUCGAAUUUGGGGCUAAUUUGAGACGAGACCAAGUGUUAGCGGGUAUGCUUAGCGCUGCAUCGCAGCUUCCAAGGGGACGCGCCGAACGAAAAUCUGACGCCCCUGUUGUCAGAGCCAUCACAUGGUGGCCAUAGCUGUAUACGAUUGACGAUUGGGCUUUGAUUAUGCAGGUUGUCAAAGGUUUGUUAGCAUUGAUAGGUACCUUGUUUCUGAUUAGCAAGGCCCCGUGGGGAGUACAUUGACAGGAUUUAGCUUUAUUUAGACACUGUUGAGAUAAUGAGCGACAAGUAUAGGGCGAAUGACGGUAUCAGACCAGAUGCUCGCCAGGUGAUUGCUUAUACUUGGAGAAAUUGAGGUAGGACCGACGGAAGGCCCAGCUGUAAAUAAAGGUUGUGCAUUGUAGUAGUCAAAUUGACGCGUGUAGACAGUACUUCAGGGUGGCACGAGAACAGCACUUUACCUCUCAAGGCAGCGUGGCAGUUUAGCCAUCGAACAGGAGUGACCACGUACAGACACGCUCGAGUGGGUGCUCGAUAGUUGUGAUAUAAGAGCUGCUCGGAUUUGCAUUUUUGCUAUCGUUGCCUCUCCUUCAACACUGUUCCAUGCAUAGCUAGCCGGAAGAUCAGAC